AUGACCGCGAUUCUGACGGAGCUCGUCCUUCCCCGCUUGUCAGAAGCCUCCAACGCGAGGGCUUACGGUAUCCCCGCGUCUAAUUGCAGAUCCCGAACUGUACCAAUGGGGAACCGCUCGUCCGACCAACGACUGCAAUUUAUCCCCUUGAUAAAAUCCAAAGACACGAGGAGAGGCAAUUCACCGCGCGACAUCGCCUGUCGUACGAUGCGGACACGGCGACUAGUGAGGUGCAAGCACGAAGCAAUCAAGAUUUCCCUUCCUUUGAGCGCACGCGGACUUGACGGUGGGGCAAAAGUGGAGGCAGAGGUGAGGCGCGUUGCUGAGAAUACCGGUUGCGAGAGUCUGAAGUACCCUGUCACAAUGACUUUGAGGCGGACUUACCUCUCGUCUUUCGUACAAACGUGGGCCUCGUCAACUUACAAAACCUCGAUUGCCAUUCAGCCACUGAGCGAGGCCAUUGCGAUCCAAAGCAAGCCUGAGGUUCGAGGACAACACAACACUCAGCCCGCCAACAAGGCAUCGCAAUCGGUCGAGUCAUCCCAAAGCCAAAGGCAGAGCCAAACGAAACAACUUCAACCUAGAGCUUCGCGUUUGAGUCCAGGAAAUGCGCAACAGCGUCCGAUAGAGUUGAAGAGGCGCCCAAACGGCAAGAGCCUUUCUAGCGGUGUCCAAACGUCCAGUAGAGUUGAACCAGGAUUACAUUAUAAGAUCGACCAAAGUGGCAUCGGGUGGUCAACGGGUGGCUGGCUGCGAUUCGAUUCGGCAUCUCACUCUUCUCGUUCUGGCUUGACGGAGGCGCGAGACGAGAACGACGACGACUGCGAUCGUGACCUCGACUGGCGAUAA